ACCCAGAAAUUUCAGAGGUAGAGAGAGAGAGGAGAGAUAGAGAAAGAAACCAAAUUUUGACCACAAUCUAAGCCCCGAAUCGCGAAGCUCCUGAAGAGAAAAGUGUUGUACGUCGCGUUGCCUUCAAUUUGAGCUAAAAAUCAGCCAAGAAAGAGAGGGUGGAAGUGGUUGCUGCAUAAUUAAGGUAACGACGUGACAUUGGAGGAGAGCAAGUGAACGAUAACAUAGCUAAACGACAAAGGUAGACAGGAAGGUGAGCUUGGUCCAGACCCUUAGUAGCUGUCAACUGAUCGAGAGCACUCCAUUGUCCGGAGGUGCUUAUGGUUCUUCUUUUGGUAUAUAUGCAUAUUUUGGGCAUGACGGAGUCUUGUUCCGUCUAUAUGUUUAGUAUGUCAGUAGAGGCUCGUAGAUACGCAGUGUGGGUCAGAUGGUCUCGCAAGAUGUUAUUAUUAUGUAUAUGUUAUUUUGAUGGCCGAGAGGCAAAUGUAUAUAAGUAUUUAUGUUUUUAUAUAAAAUAUGAUUUUCCUACAAUUCGUGUAUAAAAUUGGUAAAAAGGCAUUAAAUGAGUAAGAUGAGUAUUAGAACGAAUGGUGCUCGGUGGCUAGCCCCGGGUACCCGUCACGGCCCCUAGCUGGGUCGUGACAAAAGUGGUAUCAGAGCAGUUCAGUCCUAGGAAGUGUCUACGAGCCGUGUCUAGUAGAGUCUUGUUUAUGGUGUGUUGCGCGCCACGCUAAUAAACAAGAGGCUAUAGGGCAUUUAGGAAAAAUGACCGUUUUUCAUCUUAAGAGAUCGUGCGAUAGAGCCAAGUUAAGGAUGCAACUAUCUAAUCUUUUCUGUUUAAUUUUCAACAAUGCCUUUGAGAAAGAAGAAGAAAGUCAGCACAAUACUAGGUGUUGCGGGAGAAGGCACCAGCCGAGAGCCCCCGGUUGAACUAGGACAUAGUGAGUCUCAGAGUGCCACUCCCUCGCAUGCUACCUCUAUUCCACCAGUAGCAGAAGAGCAUGAAGAGGUCUCCACUCCAGCUCCAGUGCAUCCAGUCCCUCCACCGGUUGCUUCGGGUCAACAAGUGACCGAGGCCAUCCAUUUACUGACACAGUUGGUUGCCGUCCAGGCACAACGGCAGAAUGCGAGUUCACGUGAUCAGUCAGCUAGUACUAGAGCUCGUGAUUUUAUAAGUCUGAAGCCUCCGGAGUUUUUCGGGUCAAAGCCGGAUGAAGACCCGCAAGGUUUUAUUGAUGAGAUGUUGAGGACAUUGAAAAUUAUUCAUGCCUCCGAGACUGAGUCCGUGGAGUUGGCGUCUUAUAGACUCCGGGACGUGGCAGUGUUAUGGUAUAACAACUGGGUGUUGUCAAGAGGAGAGAAUGCGCCUCCGCCUGUAUGGCAAGAAUUUGUGGAUGCUUUUAUUCGUCACUACUUGCCGCCCGAGGUCCGCCGAGCUAGAGCGGACAGGUUCUUGAAUCUAAAGCAAGGAACCAUGAGUGCUCGAGAGUAUAGCCUGCAAUUUAAUUCCUUAGCCCGGUAUGCCCCGACUAUGGUGGCCGACAUGGGGGAUCGUGUGCAUAGAUUUGUGAGUGGUUUGGAGCCACACUUAUUCAAAGACUGUCUGACAGCCUCGUUGCAAGCAGGGAUGGAUAUUGCUCGUAUACAAGCUCAUGCUCAGAAUCUAGAAGGACAGCAACCUCCGCAAAGGGGUGACUGGGAUGUUGAUCGAAGGCAAAACAAGAGGGCUAGAUCGAUGGGAGCAAGCAGUGAAUAUAAAGGGGGAUCAAGGCAAAACUAUUCUAGUCACUCAGGUCAAUCGGUGACUAGUGUACCUCCACGAGUUGCAAGUCAAGGGUACGAUUUCUCUAGUCAUCCCGGACCGGAUCAGAGUUUUACAGAGUCAGGCUCUCGGUAUAGGGGAGAUUAUAGCCAGAGAAGACCCCAGCACCGCGGUGCAAUGAGAGUAUGA